AUGAAGAGUUUCUAUAGAAGACACCAUCGAUUUGAGAGAGAAGCGGCCGUAUGGAGGGCCCGGAUGGAGAGUGGACGGCGGACGGCCGACGGCUUAGGCGGGUGGUGGAUUGUGCGACGGCGAUUGCCUGCGAGAGUGAAUUCGCGGUUCCGGGAGGAAUGGAGGAUUAAGCAGGGUUCAUCGGACAAAAAUAAAAAGCUCCUCUACCUUUCCCACUCCACCUUCUUCCUCCUCGGCGUCACCGGAAAUGUCUACACCGUCACUCUUUCCAUCUUCCCUUCCUGUUCAUGCCCUAACCCUGUAACCCCUUACAAGCACAUUCUCUUCGUCCUCAUUCGAGUCCUCCGCGUCUCUUUGGACAACGUCCGCGUCCUCCAGAGCUCUCUCUUCCUUCCUAAGCUCCACUGCCUUCUGCAGCUGCCUACCUCGCCGGACGCCCUCGCCGACGCCGCACUCCGCCAGAGGUUUCACCAGUUGUUCUUCAGUCGAAACCGGCAAAGAUGUUCCGAUAACGUCGUCGUUGAGGUUGAGAAUGGGACUUCGUGUCUGAUCUGUUUAGGUGAGAUGAAGAAGGAAGAUCAGAUUCAGAAGCUUGUGGCUUGUGGGACUUGCCAGAAUGCGAUUCAUAAACAGUGCUUUCUGAGGUGGAAAGGAAGCAAAGUGAAUAAUAGAGUGAUUCGUUGUGUGAUUUGUAGAGCUCCAUGGAAUAAUAAUGAAGAUUAUGAUCAGCAUAGGUAUCUGAAUCUGUCUGCUUAUACUCUUCAGAGAAAUCAUCAUCAACAUUUAAACUUGUUUGAUUUAGAUGAUCUGACCUGA